UCAUGCACACCAGGCAACCCUUCGCGCAUGCUGACGUGUCAAGGCCUCCUGGUCGAACGUCGAGACCUGGCUAGCAAAACAUGCGGCCUUACGGAUUGCAACUUACAUCGGUAUCCAUCACAUCAUGGCUGCUAGCGCGCAUAGCUGGCCAGUUUCAUCGGGGCUGAAAAGCGUCGCGGAGGGGCCGAAAAGUUUCGGUUCAAGGGUCGCCCCCUCUCGCGCGAUGGGCCGCAAUGAGACGUACAGCGCUCGGAGCGCGUAUAUAAUCACUGGAAUUGCAUGCACCGCAAUCACUUCCUCGAGCUGUCGCAUAGAUCGCCUUUGCGCUCGCAACUCCCCGUUGCUUUUGAGCCCUCGCCGCCCUCUGCGCCCUCCUCGCUGUAACGCAAGAACCUUCUUCACCAAAGAUGGCCAUCAAGAUGAACCUCGCCUCCUCCAAGGUCGGCGCCAAGGCCUCCGCCAAGUCCGUCCGCGGCGCCCGCCUGGUGGCCCGUGUGGCCCAGCCCAUGUCCCCCAGCAGCGCCGCCACCGCCGCCGCCGAUGCCUCCAUGCUGGCCCGCGCCGGCCUGCCGCCCACCACCACCCCCUACGACGACUACAAGUUCGCGCCCAUCCGUGAGGCCGAGGUCAACCGCGCCAUGACCCGCCGCUACUUCAAGGACAUGGACGAGUUCGCCGAGUCCGACGUGGUCAUCGUGGGCGCCGGCAGCGCCGGCCUGGCCUGCGCCUUCGAGCUGGGCCGCAUCGCGCCCCACCUGAAGGUGGCGCUGAUGGAGCAGUCUGUGGCCCCCGGCGGCGGCGCCUGGCUGGGCGGGCAGCUGUUCAGCGCCAUGGUGGUGCGCAAGCCCGCCCACGAGAUGCUGGACGCCCUGCAGGUGCCCUACGAGGACGAGGGCCACUACGUGGUGGUGCGCCACGCCGCCCUGCUGACCUCCACCCUGAUGAGCCACGUGCUCAAGAACCCCAACGUCAAGCUGUUCAACGCCACCGCUGUGGAGGACUUGAUCGUGAAGCCCGACCCCGCCCUGGGCCCCGGCGGCCGCCGCGUGGCGGGCGUGGUGACCAACUGGUCGCUGGUGGCGCAGGCGCACGGCACCCAGUCGUGCAUGGACCCCAACGUCAUUGAGGCGGGCGUGGUCGUGUCUGCCUGCGGCCACGACGGCCCCUUCGGCGCCACCGGCGUGAAGCGCCUGGCCCGCCUGGGCAUGGUGCCCGGCGGCGAGGUGCCCGGCAUGGGCGCCCUGGACAUGGAGGCCGCCGAGGGCUCCAUUGUCAACAACACCCGCGAGGUGGUGCCCGGCAUGGUGCUGACCGGCAUGGAGCUGGCGGAGGUGGACGGCUCGCCCCGCAUGGGCCCCACCUUCGGCGCCAUGAUCGUGUCCGGCAUGCGCGCUGCCCACAUGGCCGUCGCCGCUCUGGAGCGCCGCCGCGCCCUGUCCGCCGCCGCCGCCGAGGGUGCCGCCGCCGAGGCCCAGGCCUAAGCGCGCUCAGAACCUACUGGGCUGCGGCUCAUAUUGGGGUUGUUGCAACCCGUGGCCUGGUGUGGGUCUGCUGGUCAGUGUUGGGGCUAGGCGCAAUAGGGCGUGGGUCGCUGGGCACUGCGUCGCGAUUUCGUCAGGCUCCGAUGUCUUGUGGCUAGCACGUUUUCGACCGUGAGCGCAUGUCGGGUUCCGGUCCGGUAGCAACGUGCAAGACUCGGGUUUUGUUGAUGGAAUGUGUCCACGGGUUGAGGUUGAACGCACUCGUACUGGCGCCUGGGAGUUUGCGGGAGGAGUUGUCGUGUGGAGUUCAGCUCGGUGCCCUAGCCGACUGGGGAGCGCAGCAGUGCAUGACGAACUCCGCCGAUGUGGAACCCUUGGGGAUAAAAUGAUGGAACGCGUGAACGGUGACCGAACGCAAGCGCACCCCACCACUGGCGCACAGACCCACGCCAUGAGCUCAUGUAACAAUUUGGAGUUGAGA